AAACUUUCCCAUUUGCAUACAUGAGCAUUGAUUAUAUUUUCUUUUUUUCAGGUUACAGUAUGAAAACUAGUGGAAUUGUUGGAUCUUCAAAUAUUAGUAGAACCUGUGAAACUGGCAUAUCUGAUGUAGAGGAUGGAGUUGCACAUAUUCAUGAGUUGAUAUUUUCAAUUUCUAUCAUGGAUAUGUCGCUGGCUACCGCUGGCCUUGAUUGGGCACGCAGUGUGGACGCAGCCAUGGACCAACGCAGCCAAGCUUACCAGGCUGGGCCAGCGACUCGACCAAUAUGUGGAAGCAGGACUGAAAUUUUUAAACAGGUGCGUUUGGAAUGUGUGGUGAGUUUAUUGAAGGCAGCUGUGGCUCCACUCAGCUCAUUCAUAAUGGAGGCACUUGCUCUGAAUCACCCUUUAACGGCCGCCAUUCGCCAACAACUGCAACUGGUUCCAAGCAAAAUGGUGCUAAAAAAUAUCAAUUCAAUGAAACCUACAACACCGUUCAUGAUGUGGAGGACACGAUGAGGAAAAGCCGGCCGGGGAUUGAGACCUAGAGGCUGUCGAAGAGGCUGUUGAAGAGGCUGUCGAGGAGGCUGUUGAAGAGGCUGUCGAGGAGGCUGUCGAAAAGGCUGUCGAAGAGGCGAGUGGAGAGGCUUUCUGAAGGAGGCUGAGGUUCUAAAUGAGCUGGAGCAAGUGAGUAAGUUUUACUGGAGCAAUUUAGUGAGAUGGAGUACUCAGAGAUUUGGGCACAGUCUUUAUUAUGAUUGAGUGAUUCAAUCAAUUCAUAAAUAUGAAAAUUUUGAUUUUUUAUGAGAAAGUGAAUUUUUAAAAUACAAUUAGGAAAAUUAAAUUUGGAAAAACAAAUUUGAAAAUUUUCAAAGGAAAAAAACAAAAAUAUUUCUAGGAGAAAAAGGUUUUGAUUUUGAAAUGUGGAACGGAAUCUAUUAAACUGUCAAAUGAGGAAUAGUUUCAAUUGAUUUGAAAUGAUAAUGAUGAUGAUUGAAAAAUAGAAAUACUGGUAAUAAUUAAUAAUGAUUGAAAAUUUUGUUCAUAAUUAUCAUACAGAAAUAGUAUUGCCUAAAUUAAAAAAAAUGGUCAAUUGUUUAAUAUUUUUUCAUUGAUUGAUGAUGCUUGAUUGACAGAGCUUAGUUGUGGAGAGGAUAUUCUUUCAAGUCAAUUAUUCCAAAAUCACUCUCUCAUUCCGCAUAAAAAUGAAUUUUCCAUUCUGCUUUAUUCCAACGAGAGUUCCAUUAAAGCUAUUAUAUAUUUUAAGAGUCCUAACACCAAAAUGAUGUCCUAGCCCAAUGCUUAGAUGAUGAACUAAUCAACAAAAAAUAUUUUUCAACCAAAAGAUGGUUCUGAAUAGAAAACUGUAGCAUUGAGAGAGAGAGAGAGAUUGAGAAACAGGAAGGGAUUUGAGCAUGAAUUAUGUUUAGAUUUAUACUAUUGCUAUUUCAAUAAUAUUAAAUAUUUAUUUGAAUAAUAUUGUUAUUUAUUAAUAAUUCAAUAACACUAAGCCUCUGCACUCAGGUUUUUUUCAAACCUUGCAGAGACUUGCUGUUUAAUAUAUUUAUAUUCAAUCCAAUUUGAUGGUAUUUCAUUCUUCAUGUUAUAUUGUA